GGAUCUUCGCGUGCAACACCCAGCUGAUCGUUCGUUCCCCAGCUGUUCGGCUUGAUUGGUCAAAAACGUUUAAAACCACAGGUGACAUCUGAAAACGGUAUCAGUCGUUUCUAGUCAUCGAGGUUUUCGAAACAGUUCUUGUCGUUCGGCCAACAAGCAGAUCUACACGAAAAUGUACAAUCAAUUGCUUAUCGUACUACUGGUGACAGCAACCGUUGUCUCAGCAAUCCCUGUUCCCGAAGGCGAUGCCGAUGCUACCGUUCUGGGUCAGGAGCUAAUUAUCAACGGAGAUGGCAGCUACGCGUUCAGCUACGAAACCAGCAACGGAAUCAAGGGCAGCCAGCAAAGCAGUGACGGUAUCAACGCAGAGGGUGGAUAUUCCUAUACCGGUCCGGAUGGAGUGGAAUACCAGUUGAGCUAUGUGGCUGAUGAGCACGGUUUCCAGCCGAAGGGUGCGCAUCUCCCGGUGGAACCACCGGCACCAGAUUACGUAAUCAAAAUGCUGGAAGAUCUACGAGCUACCAAUGACCCAGAGUUCAACCUGGAAGCGCUGGAUGCGACCAUAGCGAGGCUGAAGGCUACGCAGGUUUAAGCUAAUGUGUUUAUACGAUAAGCGUUGAGUAGGUUCCUGGUUUAUGGAAUUUUGUACAUAUUUCACACAGACUAAGUUGGUUAGUGCAAUUAAACAUACAAAACAUUGAAGUUUUU